UUAGUUCCUUUUUAUGACAGUACUUUAAAUUAAGGCACAUAAGCAUCUUAAUCAAGAUUCCAUGAUGAUCUGAAACCAGACAGUUUAUCUGCUCCGCUCAAUGUGACCAUCAAAGCACUGGAUGGGAACUCAGCGAUAGUGACAUGGGACAUCCUGGAGGGGGACCCAGUCAUUGGGUUUGCCAUCACCCAGCAGUACGAGUCUCUCAACUCUCAGAUUUAUUUUGUUCUGAUGCUUACAGAAGAAGGACGUUCGCAUGUUUCGAUUCAUCCAGGAAGUGAACACCACCACUCGUUCAUGUGCAUUAUGGGAUUUAGAGGAAGACACAGAGUACAUUGUCCAUGUGCAGUCCAUUAGCAUGAGCGGCACCAGCCCUCCCAGUGAACCUGUUCUGUUCCACACACCCAAAGAGUCAGAGAAACUGGCCUCAAAAAGCCCAAAUGAAGUGACCAUGGAGGAGGUUGACCAGGCUGCCCAGCUCAGGGCUGGGGAGCUCAUAAUUAUUGUUGUGGUUCUUGUCAUGUGGGCAGGUGUAAUAGCUCUCUUUUGUCGCCAAUAUGACAUCAUCAAAGACAACGAGCCCAACAAUAACAAGGACAAAGCCAAGAACUCGUCAGAGUGCAGUACACCAGAGCACCCUACGGGGGGACUACUGCGCAGCAAGGUCUAAUAAUUGCCUUCCUCUGUCGGCAAUAAUAGGCUUUAGCCUCAGGACAGUGCUCUGAGACAAAACAAGUAAGCCAUCAAAUAACAAAUUCGUGAAGCCCACCUUUCAUCUUCAAUCAAAUGACCUUUUAGUGUCCCCAUCAACCAACGUGAACUCUUUGGUGCUUGUGGGUUUAACACAUUGACACAAACUGGAGGACAAAGUGGACAAGUGAACUCCAGAGCUGCCACACUGGAAGUUUUAGAAGUUUGAAGCGAGUUGUUGCAUUUCGAUCCACAGCUCCUGCCUUGAAAGGGUACCUCAGCUGAGGACAUCAAACCCGCUGUGAGCUGGACGACUAGAGACAACUUGUCACCUGGAGUGACUUUGGCUCCUGUGUAGAUUCACAGAGAUAAGGAGAAACCUGUCACCCCCGUGUGGCAAGUCCUAAAUAAACCAGGAUGGUGUGUUGCGAAAAAAAAAGUGGGAAAGUUCUUUUCUGAGCUCACAACCAUUAUCAGUGCUGAAACAACAUCUGGACUAUCAUUAAAACUCUAUCACUGAUAGGGAUGACAGUAAGACAUUUCACUUUCUUUCCGUCUGUUUUAUAACUUCUCUCCAUACCCCUUGUCUCUUUCUCUCUCUUGUAUUUGGUUCCCUCUUUCACCACACCUCCAGUUUCGAUUUCUUCCUACUAGUUGGCUCUUCAAAAUAUUAUGCACAGUGUUGGGUGUAAUGGGAUUACAAAAUAAUUAUUUACUGUAAUCUAAUUAAUUUUUAUGUCAAAAAGUAGUGUAAUGAAGUUUAAGAUUUUAAAUUCUUGUAAUCAGAUUACAGUUACUUUCAGUUAUGUUACAAUUAUAUUACAUGCGUAAUACAUUUUCAAAUAACAUUAUUUACGUGCAAUACAUUAAAAACAUUACAUACGUCAAUAAGUGUGUUGGUUCCUGUGACAUUAUGAGUCAUCACAAGGGAGAAACGAGUGUAUCGCCUGCAUGCGUCAAUGGACGAGGAGGAAAAACAGACAUUAUUUUGAAUUCGUUGAGCGGAAAAACAAAAACAUUUCUGUGAAGUAGGGUUUUUUGAAAGUAACAUAAAAGAAAAGUAAUUAGUCAUGUGAUUCUUUUUCUGUGAAGUAAUGAGUAGUGUAAUCUGAUUAUAAUUUUAAAGGAUAGUAAUUUGUAGAGGAUUAUAUAUAUGAGUAAUUUACCACCCAACACUGGUUAUGCAGUCCCUUUCCUAUUCCAUCCAACAUCCUGCCAAUCACAAACAGUCCAGACAAUUGUGGUUUAACUGGUGCAGUGGAAUCUUUCUUCUAAGCACUCUCGCUCUCAGGGCAUUCAGGAAAACAUUCACAGAACAAACGAUGGACCACACUGGCCGCAUCUCAUUCACCUGCCUGUGGCCAAAUCACACUGCUCAGACCGAACUGCAAACUCAUUGUUUGAUGAAGAUCUCCACAUUGUAAUAGUGAGAGAAUUUUUUUUUAAUUGCUUGUGUCACAAGUAAUUCAACAGCUUGCCAUAUCUAAUGAGCACAUUAGUGUACAGUGAUGGUUAUUUUGGUCCUCAUAUUACAUUCAUUGGCAUAUUCUUUAUGAGUAUGGCUAUUCUAUCUACCGCUUUAGUGUGCUGCUGCAACAUACUGUAGAGUUGGGUGCCUUUUUUCUACUGUUCUUUUUAUUUUAUUUUUUUAUUUUUUUGCAUACUUCUCAUAAGUCAACAUGAAAUCAAAAUUGACCCUAUUUACUUUUUAAUACAUGUUCCUGGUCUUAUUACGAAUAAUUCAUUGGAGCACGUUAUUCCAAAGAAUACAGUUUUUUGUUUGUUAUUUUUCCUCAAAAAUUUAAUAAACUGCUCCGCUUUUGAAAUCACAUUCCUUUUUGGCUGGCAGUAUAAACCAUACUUUUUCAACUCCUCCCCAUCAACCACCUGUUUCUUUUUUUUUAUUUUUCUUUUUUUAUUUGGAAUGCCCAAUUCCCAAUGCGCUCUAAAUCCUUGUGGUGGCAUAGUGACUCACCUCAAUCCCAGUAUUAGGACGAAUCUCAGUUGCCUCCAUGUCUGAGACCGUCAAUCCAUGCAUCUUAUCACAUGGCUUGUUGAGCACGUUACCACGGAGAUGUAGCGCGUGUGGAGGCCCAUGCUAUUCUCCGCGGCAUCCACUCACAACUCACCACGCGCCCCACCGAGAGCAAGAACCACACAUUAUAGCGACCACGAGGAGGUUACCCCAUGUGACUCUACCCCCCUAGCAACCGGACCAAUCUGGUUGCUUAGGAGACCUGGCUGGAGUCACUCAGCAUGCCCUGGAUUUGAACUUGUGACUACAGCGGUGGAAGUCAGCAUCAAUACUUGCUGAGCUACCCAGGCCCCCCAUCAACCACCUGUCAUUUAGAGACUACUUUUCUCAUUCCAAUCAAUUGUUUAUGGACAAAAUUAACUUCAAAGUUGAAACUAAGCAUUUUAAGUGAAUCAGUAAUAAUGGUAACACUUGACAAUAAGGAUAUAGGCUCUAUAGGCUUUUCAUGACCACACUACAUGCAGCACUGAGUGCAACGACCGUGCGCUACGUCUUAUACAAUUUUUGUGAGAGCGAUAAUUCUAAUAGCAAUUUUCGUGCCGGUGCAAGUAGGCGUGGGUGGGAGUGUUUGCGCUAUCUGUGGGUGUAUGCCCACAAAUUCUGGGUGUAUUUUAUGUUAAAGAAGUGGCACAAAGUGACGUUUGAGAACCACGUUUAUUCUCAACACAAAGUCUAAAAUCUGUUCCUGCAUUUGCAGUUUGGGGAUUCCAGCAGCAGAUGAUAUUAAAAGCUAUCAAUAACUUUUAAUACAAGCCAUGAUUUGUUUGUCAGUAGAUUAAUAUGGUUAAUAAUAAUAAUAAUAAUAAUAAUAAUAAGUUUUUGUAUAAUGCCUUUCCAAAGCUCAAGGAUGCUGCACAGAAAUGAAACAUUAAACAGAGAAACAUAUAACACUAGGCUACAACACAUACAUAGCGGUCUGGAACAGCACAGACAACAAAACAGUAAUAU